CAGUUGCCUCCUUGUUUUGUACUUCUCCCUCAAAAGCCACGGCUUUUACACGAACCAGCUGCGACAAUCCAGUCAAUUCUGAUCUCUAGUUCCUGCCUGUGGAUGCCAUCGGGGGGCUCGCUGGGAGAACAUCCGCCUCGACAGUGACGCCGACGCGCUCCCUCGCCAAGAGCUCGCUCCCGCCUCGCAAAGCUCCGGCCUUUCUUGGCCCCAUCCCCUCCCCGCCGCCGGCGCCGAGCGGGCGCCUGGGAACGUCGCGCUUGACUUGAUGCUCGAAGUCUGCGCGCGCCACGGGCCCGCCAAGCUCCCGGCGGCGCUGCUCGCCGGGGUGCGAGUCGCCGGCAGGUGGGCCUGGUGGCGCCCCUCGGCUGCUGCUGCGGCGGCGGCUCCGCGGCACGGCGUCGCCGCGCGGGCGUCGUCGUUCGGUUCCCGGAUCGGGCUCGACUCUCAGAAUUUUCACACAAGGGACCUGUCCCAGUUGUUGUGGGUCGGUCCGGUGCCGGGAGAUAUCGCAGAGGUUGAGGCGUACUGCCGCAUAUUUCGUGCUGCCGAGCAGCUCCACACAGCAGUCAUGUCAGCACUCUGUGAUCCAGAGACAGGCGAGUGCCCUGUGCGCUACGAUGUGGAAUCGGAGGACCUGCCAGUUCUGGAAGACAAGGUCGCUGCCGUCCUCGGCUGCAUGCUGGCGUUGCUGAACCGGGGAAGGAAUGAGGUGCUUUCAGGGCGGAUGGGUGUAGCAAGUGCGUUCCAGGGAUCUGAGGACAGAACCUUGGAUAGGAUCCCACCACUCGCCGUGUUCCGUGGAGACAUGAAGCGGUGCUGUGAGAGUAUGCAGGUUGCGCUUGCCAGCUACCUUGUACCGAGUGAGGCCAGGGGGUUGGACAUAUGGAGGAGGCUGCAGAGAUUGAAGAAUGCUUGUUACGAUGCGGGUUUCCCAAGGGCUGAUGGUUAUCCCUGUCCAACAUUGUUUGCAAAUUGGUUUCCGGUGUACCUUUCGACUGCCUUAGAUGAUUCAGGGACAGAUGAUUUAGAGGUUGCAUUUUGGAGGGGAGGGCAAGUCAGCGAGGAGGGAUUGGCAUGGUUACUGGAAAAGGGAUUCAGAACUAUUGUUGAUCUCCAGGAGGAAGAUGUUAAAGAUGAUUUAUACCUCUCAGCAGUUCAGGAAGCUGUUUCAUCUGGGAAGAUAGAGGUGGUGAAUAUGCCAGUUGAGAUUGGAACUGCACCCUCAGCUGAACAGGUUCAGCAAUUUGCAGCACUUGUGUCAGAUGGCGCAAAGAAGCCCAUUUAUCUUCACAGCAAAGAAGGUGUUUCUAGGACGUCUGCAAUGGUCUCAAGAUGGAAACAGCAUGUUACUCGUUCAGAGAGACUGGCUGUCCAAUAUCGCUCUCCAAAUGAGAAUGGUAGGCUCCUGAAGAAUGACAAGACAGAGCAGCACAGAGGCAGCCCAAGUUCCUCCACAAAUGCCAGUAAGAAUGGUACACCAGUUGAAUCCGAUAGGACCAUGAAGAACGAGGAAACAAGUGAGAUAGACAUAGAAGCAGCACGUCAUAAUCUGGAGGUCACUAAUGCCCUUUCCAGUGAUCAAAACACUGAACAAGGUGAAAUGCAUGGCACCAGGGCAGAACUUAUGUCAAACUUCAGACUGGAAAGUAAUCCCCUUAAAGCACAGUUUCCUGCUUGCGAUUUUUUCUCUAGGAAGGAGAUGACCAACUUUUUUAGAAGCAAAAAGGUUUCUCCAAAAUCUGUUCUGAACUCUCGGAGACGCUCAAGUAGCUUUCUGGUCACAAGGAGAAAACAGAAUCUCAGUGCUAAGCACAAUGGAGCCACUGAUUAUGAAGCAGCAGAGUUCACAGUUCUGAAAAGUUCAAAUGAAACAUCUUUUGACAAUGAUUAUAUUCUAUCAGUUGCUUCAGGUAUUACUAAUGGGAAACCAUCCAACGAUGGAGCCUCCACGCUAAUUGAAGAAAAGGAAAGGGAAGCCUCAGUGAUAACUGUUGGUCCUAGAACAUAUAGUGCCAGCAUUUCCAAUGGGAAUGCUCAGGUUGGAGCACAAAAAACUGCUGAAAAGAAUGGUGCCCCUUAUUUGGACAGAAACUUACCAGAUCUUGUUGAUGGAAAUAUGUGUGCCUCCGCAACAGGUGUUGUUAGAAUUCAAUCAAGACGAAAAGCAGAGAUGUUUCUAGUACGUACAGAUGGAUUCUCUUGUACUAGAGAAAAAGUAACAGAAUCAUCUUUGGCUUUUACGCACCCUAGCACCCAACAACAGAUGCUUAUGUGGAAAUCUCCUCCGAAGACUGUCUUACUAUUGAAAAAAUUAGGUGAUGAACUUAUGGAAGAGGCUAAAGAGGUCGCUUCAUUUCUGCAUCAUCAAGAAAAGAUGAAUGUUCUUGUGGAGCCUGAUGUUCAUGAUAUAUUUGCAAGGAUUCCUGGUUAUGGUUUUGUACAAACAUUCUAUUCUCAAGAUACGAGUGACCUUCAUGAGAGAGUUGAUUUCGUCGCAUGCUUGGGUGGUGAUGGAGUCAUUUUGCAUGCAUCAAACUUGUUUAGAACUUCUGUACCACCUGUUGUCUCUUUCAAUCUUGGAUCUCUUGGAUUUCUGACGUCACAUAAUUUCGAAGGUUUCAGGCAAGACUUGAGAGCUGUCAUCCAUGGGAACAAUACACUUGGAGUUUAUAUAACCCUUAGAAUGCGUAUACGAUGUGAGAUCUUUCGUAAUGGAAAAGCAAUGCCUGGAAAAGUUUUUGAUGUGCUAAAUGAAGUUGUUAUUGAUCGGGGCUCUAAUCCAUACCUGUCAAAAAUUGAAUGCUAUGAGCAUAACCACCUUAUCACUAAGGUGCAAGGAGAUGGGGUGAUAGUAGCAACACCAACUGGCAGCACGGCAUACUCUACUGCAGCAGGGGGGUCAAUGGUCCAUCCAAAUGUCCCAUGCAUGCUGUUUACUCCAAUCUGCCCGCACUCACUUUCAUUUAGACCUGUCAUCCUUCCGGAUUCCGCGCGGCUUGAAUUAAAGAUACCAGAUGAUGCAAGAAGUAAUGCUUGGGUAUCAUUUGACGGCAAAAGAAGGCAACAAUUAUCAAGAGGAGACUCUGUUCGAAUAUCCAUGAGCCAGCAUCCGCUUCCAACUGUUAAUAAAUCUGACCAAACUGGUGACUGGUUUCGCAGCUUGAUCAGGUGCCUGAACUGGAACGAGAGAUUGGACCAGAAGGCGUUAUAGCCACAAGUUUUUUUUUUUGUUGUACAUAUAUAGCUUUACACUUUUUUUUUUUUUUUACCAAAAUACGUCAUCAUGUGCAAAAUCGACCUGGCACACAAGCUCCUUAGCUUAUUGACCUGGCAUUAGAAGUGAUUUCAGAUAUUGUCUAUGUAUUCAUCUGCUCUGCAAAUCAACAAUAUAGCCCAUUAUUUCUGGGCCAAGUAGAAGAUGAUAAUGGAUAAGAAGGACCUGAGCUGAUACCA